AUGCGAACGAGAACCUGCUUGACAACGAAUGCGCUAUGCGUUUGUGAAGGACAAUCAACACUGAUCGAAUACUGUAACUUGGAGAUCUGCCGUUAUCCUCGAUCAACUUGCUGUUAUAAUCUAAGGGUCACAUCGUACAAUGGAAUUUUCGCCUGUCUUGGAACGAAUUCCUCCGUGAGCACUGCAGCGCGAAUCACCUCAAUUCCAUCGUCAGUGUAA